AAAUUGCCUAGAGUUUUCCGUAAACAUGGUGCUCUGCUUCAAACGGAUCUCGAAAUGGAGAGGCAGGUGGUGUCGCAGCAGGAGGAAGAAGAAAGAGGAACGGGAGUCACUGCAACAGACGGAGAACGAGUUGUGGCUGGAGUACUUUAGCCCAUAUCUGCACAUCUGGCCGUUUCACGAGCUAUGCGCCAGACUGGAGGCGAAUGUGUCCCAGGGUCUAACCUCGGAGGCAGCGGGUAGAAAGCUGGCCAGGAAUGGCAAGAAUGUUCUGCCACUCCCGACCAAACUGGAGUUGCGGCCUUGGAUAUUCCUGAAGAGCUGCUUCAGCAUCUUGGGCAUCAUCAUACUGCUGAGUUCCAUAGCUAGUUUCGCGAUGUAUUACCUAUUUGCAACUAAAACGCCAGACAAUGGAAAAGUGGAUCCUGAGUUCUUGGUAGCGGGCAUCAUCCUGCUCGUAACCUUCUUUCUCGCAGGGCUCACGGUACAAAUGCAAGGAGAUGAUGACGAAGACAUGCUCAUAGCUUUCGAUGAGCUGAUGCCCAUGUAUUGCACUGUGAUAAGAGACGGGGAAAAGGAGGUCAUCCGUACUCAGGACCUAGUUCCCGGGGAUACCCUUCCCAUCAAGUAUGGACAGCGGCUACCUGCCGAUAUGCGAUUCUUCAGCACCACGGGCCUGGAGCUGAACAACGUGGCUCUGACAGGACACUCGAAACCCAUGCAUAUUACUCCUUUGGCGAACGAGGGACGACAGAGAUACUCCCGGAUUGAGUACAUAAAGGAUUAAAUUGGUUUCUAAUUGGCAAAUGUAUGAUUUCUUAUUGUAUAUUCUAUAAACUUCCUUAGCUUUCCAAAGACAU